AUGAAGGAUUUUCUGGAUCAGGCCGACUAUAGGAAUCAAAUCCAGAGAAAUUGGAAGAAAGAUAGGAGACCAUUUCACAAUUCUCCUAUCAAGCAUAGAACAGAACCUAGACCCCAAUACCAUCAGUCCUAUAGGGAUGCUCUAUUAUCCCGGAAGACCCCUAGAAAAUAUUCCACUAAUGACUGGACAUACAACAGACCACCACAGAACAGGCAACAACGAGUCACAUAUAACCAACACCAUCAACGAUAUGAACACAGAAAGACAGAGUAUGAACACAGAAACACAGAGUAUCGAGAUCAAGGAAGAUACCAACAUUAUCCAAGACAGACCUCCUUUGUAUCUAGAAGUGGAAAAUCGUCUGACUUUAAGGAAACAUCAUCCCCAAGCCCUAGAAUUCUUCCCCCAGAUCACAGAAAGACUAACUUGGAGAAUAAUCAAAGACAUAUCUCCAGUAUUCACACUGAGAAUGAUUUUUUAGAGAAACGGGGGAGGAUUCCCCCCAAGAGAUUCUCAGUGGAAGAUUUCAUGUCUCCGGAUGUGAGAAAGAAAAGAACAUUAAGAGAUCUAGAAGAAGAAGCAGAACUACACGAAGAACAGACACAACAGAAAAGGAGGAAAUAA